AUGUCGCCCCUCUUCCUCCAAGCCACCAUCAUCACAGUCAACCCCUCGCGCGAGGUCAUCCACGAUGGCUAUCUCCUCGUCACCGACAACCGCAUCACUGCAAUCGGCAAAUGUCCUCCACCAGAUAAUAUCACCGCCGCAGCGUCCGAGACCAUUGACUGCACCGGCCAGAUCAUGAUCCCCGGGCUAAUCAACACCCAUGCGCAUCUCGUCCAGUCGCUACUGCGAGGGUUGGCCGAAGACCUCCCGCUCCACAAUUGGCUCUGCGACGCGAUCUGGCCGCUGGAAUCAGUGUAUGAGGGUGAGGACGGGUAUCGUGCAGCCCGACCUACCAUCACUGAGAUGCUGAAGACUGGGACAACCGCUUUUCUGGAUCCGAUGGUCACGUAUCGGGCGGGGUGGGAGGGGGUAUGCAAAGCCGUGGGUGAGAUGGGGAUCAGGGGGUGCCUGGGCAAACUCGUCAAAUUUUCCGAGACAAACCGUCAGCUCUCCAUCACGGACCCGCGGGAUCGAGAUCUCAUCAACAUGUCCAUUCCAGCACUGGUCUCCCGCCAUGGAGAGUACCACGGGCAACACAACGACAGGCUCCACGUCUGGGCCGCAGCCGGGACCCCACGGGGCGCACCGAUGUCUCUUUACCGCGAGCUCGGCGAGGCUUGUGCCGAGCAUGGCAUCUCAAUUACCAUGCACUGCGCCGAGGCCCCCAGGGACCGCGAAAUCUACCAUGAUGUAUACGGAUGCAGUGCGAUGGAGUUUAUUCGGGACGCAAGAUUAUGCGGGCAGCCACUACCUCUACCUACUUGUGGCGGUAGCGGUGACAAAGAUGCCUCAACCUCAAAACAAACGCACAAGCUUGUCCUAGCACACAUGGUAAACCUCGACCCAGCCACCGACCUGCCACUCCUCUCCUCCACAAACACCGCCGUCGCGCACAACCCAACCUCAAACCUCAAACUUGCAUCGGGCGUCGCCCCCGUUUCCGCAAUGCUAUCCACCACAUCCCCAAAUCCGAUUACCGUAUCCCUCGGCACCGACGGCGCCCCCUGCUCAAACCACUACGAUCUGAUCCGCGAGAUGCACCUCACGUCAAUCCUCCACAAAGGGGUGAACAACGAUGCCUCGCUGAUUCCCGCCGAAACAGCACUCGAGAUGGCGACGAUCAACGGGGCGAGAGCCUUGGGUCUCGAAAAUGAGAUUGGGAGUCUGGAAGUCGGCAAGAAGGCGGACCUUGUGCUGCUUGACCCGUAUGCGGCGGGUGUUGGUGCAGCUCCGUGGGAUUGGAAUGAUGAAAAUGGGGUUACGGCUGUUACGACGCUUGUGCAUGGGUGUACGGGGAGGGAUGUGCGGACUGUUAUGGUUGAUGGGGUGGUCUUGGUUAGGGAUGGGUUAUUGGUGGAUGGUGGGAGGAGGAAGGAGAGGGAGAUUGUCAGAGAGGCACAGAAAGCUAUUAGGGGGAUAAGGGCGAGGUGUCAUGCUAAUGGAAGUACGAUUGAAGGGAGGUUGAAGUGUGGAUGGACGAAUGUUUAG